UAUCAAAGCCUUCCCAAUGUCCCCCUUUCCUCCGUAAAGGAGCGGGUCCUCUCCUUUGUGGCCAUGCCCACGGUUUUGCCUCCCUUGCAUGGUUGGCAUUGCAAUUUUCUGCCACUCUGGAAUCAACCUCUCUUUUGCUCCUGAAAUACCUGGCAGUUUUAUUUUGAAAGUUACAACUGCAACCUCUUAGCUGGAGUCCAAGAGGCCAGAGGCCCUGAGAUGCCUGAGGGAGGCAUGGUGUGACCCCUCCCUCUCUUCAGAGACACUACCCCCGCCAAAGACCCUGCCUUUGAACCCUGACCUCAGAGAGCCCAGGGUCCUCUGGACCUGUGACAGAGCCUCUGUCCUCGGCACCAGCUUGGGGUCAGAGACGGAGUGGUAACCAUGGCCGGGCCGGUGCUAUCUCCCGUGCCCAGCAACUGGCUGACGGUGUUGCUGCUGCUGCUGUCAGCAGGUGUGCAAGCAGCCAAAACAGAAGACCUGUACCGGGAUCCCAAAGGAAGCUCUUGUUCCCGGAUCUGGCAGAACCCACGUUUCAUAGGCCGGAAAAGGGGCGCCAUAGUGGAAAUGAGGUGCUACGCAAAGGACUCGGGAAUGGUGACCUGGCUCCGGAAGCGGGAGAUGGACUUGGAGCCCAAGCCGCUGCUGGAAGACACCCGCAUCCUCCAGAGCCAGAACGGCUCCAUCGCCACGCUUACCAUCCAAGGCAUCCAGUUCCAGGACAAUGGCAUCUACUUCUGCCAGCAGAAGUGCCUGAAGAUGUCCCUCAGCAUCGGCUGUGGCACUGAGCUGCGAGUCAUGGGAUUCAGCACCAUAGCACAGUUGAAGAGGAGGAACACUCUGAAAGAUGGUAUCAUCAUGAUCCAGACCCUGCUCAUCAUCCUCUUCAUCAUCGUGCCCAUCUUCCUGCUGUUGGACAAGGAUGACAGCAAGCCUGGAAUGGAUGAAGACCACACCUACGAGGGCCUGAACAUUGACCAGACGGCCACCUAUGAGGACAUAGUGACUCUACGGACAGGAGAGGUGAAGUGGUCAGUGGGGGAGCACCCAGGCCAAGAGUGAGGGGCCGGCCCUCCCCAUGCCUCUGGGCUCAGCCAUCUGGGCCUUCGUGGACUGCUUCAGAGCCACCGCCAGCUCCCAGCUCAUCUCUUCCCUGGACCUUGGUCAGCCUCCAAAGCUGGCCCACCGGAUCUGCCCGCCCCUCCAGCCCCUGGUCUCCAGCUCUUACCAAAGAGACCAGAGUAGAAGGGGCACAGGGUUGUGACUUGGAGUGGGGAGUUCUCUGGGGAGAGACUGGACCCAGCCUUCUGGGGGUGCUAUGUGGGGAUCCACCCCACGUUCAGGACGAGGAAGACAGAGGCUUAUCCAAAACCUGCAAAUGGACUCAGAGCAGACCAGCUUCCUGCAGAGCCUGGGAGAGGUGGUGGCCCAUCGCGCUUGGGCCCACAGAUGGGCCAUGGAGAGCCACCUGCCUCUCCCACUCUUUCCCCCCCUCUCCGCUCCAGGGGGCUCCUAGCCUUGAUCCCAUUCUCCUAUGGAAUAAACAGUGUGUCGAGAAACCCA